CGACGGCGGCGGCGGCGGCGGGGGGGGGGGCAGCUCCCCCCGACCCCCGACUGGAGGCUGACGCUGAAGACCGUCCGCGAUGGCGUCCGCCGCCUCGACGCCUACCUCGGCCUGGCCCUCGACCUGCUGGGCGGCGCGGACGGACGCUGCUCUCACCGCUGCCCCGACGGCUCUAAGCCUCUGCCUCGCCACGGUUAUAAACCCUCGCCUCCAAACGGAUGCGGAUCGCCAUUGUUUGGGGUUAACUUGGACGUGGGCAUCCCCUCGGUGACGCGAUGCUGCGACCGUCACGACCGGUGCUACGACACCUGCGGCAGAAGCAAGGGGGAGUGCGACCGGGAGUUCCGGGCCUGCCUCUCCGAGAUCUGCCGGGAGCUACAGAAGACGCUGGGAUUCUCCCGGGACUCGCAGGCCUGCGAGUCGACGAUGGAGCUUCUGUUCGAUGGCGUGAUCCACCUAGGCUGCAAGCCCUACCUGGACGGCCAGAGAGCCGCCUGUACGUGUCUCUCCGAGCAAAAGACCGACCUUUAAAAGACGAUGAGCGCGGCGGACAAACGUAGAGGAGGACCGAGAGGAGGUCGGACACCCCCCCCCCCGACUCACCGAGGGCGGAGACGCGAGUCGAUUGCGCGGAAGGAAACCAUUUUAAAUCCUCUCUGGAUUUGGACCAAGAAAACUCUAGGGAUCCACUCCCGGGACGCCGGCAGGUGGAGGCGGGGCGUUCCGGGAGAGAUGCGUCCGUCGCCCGGGGCCGGAGACGACGGUGUGAGACGAGACGCUGGAGAACUGGUGGCGUUUUGAAGCGCGGCGCGGCCUUGCUUCUCCCGACUGGCCGCCCCGGAGCCGGCCCCCCGAAACGCGGUCCUCGCCCUUUACGUCCGAGGGUCCCCGGGGGAGUCGGAAGGCACCCCGCGGAAGCGACUCCGUCCCGUCUCCGGUUUGUGGAUGCCUUCGAGCGCCGGGCUGAGGAGGGAGAGAGCCGGGGAAGCCAGCGCGGAUAAAACAUCGUCAAGAGGGAAGGGCCGUCACGUCGGGGUGGAUCCCGAAGCCGUGUCGGCGGAGAAAUCCGGGCAGAGGGUGGAGGUCGGGGUUAGCUUUUGGCAAUAGAGAGAAAGGUGGGUUUUCUUUUUAAGAGACGGAUUCUGUCUGGUUAUAAAAUCGCAACUUUUCGCCUUA